AUGAUGAGAAACACCUUUGCACCAGAGAAGAGGGAGGAGGAGAGCGCUGAGCCGAGCCCGCAUCCAGCCUCCAUGCUCCGGCCACACCAUGCCACACUCACCUCGCUGCUCCCCGGGUCUUCUGCAGCCAGCCUCGCCUUGAAUAAUCGCCUUCCCUCGGUCACGACGCUGGGGACGGGGUGUGGGGGGGUGGACGCGGAGAGGAGGGACCCGGCCACGGAGGGAGGCUCGGGACUGGGUUUAAUCCUGGGUUCGGUGGCGGUGGUUUGGUUGUGA